AUGGCGACUGUUGAUAUCCGAUUGAAGAAAGUGAAUAAAGUUUACCGUGAGGGGGACAUGGUUUCAGGGAUUAUAAUUGUUGAAAGUCGAGGUGUUUUACAACAUCAAGGUGUGACUCUAUCUAUGGAUGGUAACGUCAAUUUACAACUCAGUGCUAAGAGUGUUGGCAUGUUUGAAGCCUUUUAUAAUUCAUUAAAGCCAAUUCCACUGAUCAGCUAUUCUCUGGAAGUGGUCAAGCCUGGUAAAUUACCCAAUGGAAAGACAGAGAUACCGUUUGAAGUUCCGUUAAAACCGCUAGCAGGAAAAGUUCUAUAUGAAACUUAUCAUGGUGUAUUUGUUAAUGUUCAGUAUAAUAUAAAAUGGUAUAAUAAUGUUUGUAUUUAG